GAAGCUUUUUAUCAACAGCUGAUCCAAACAUCGGAACAUCAAACCCUCUUUCCUUCAGUUUCGUGUCUCACAGACUUUUUUCCCCCUGAACUUUUGCGCUUUUGGCGCAGCGGCUCCGUGCGCCACGAUGCCCUCCCGUCCCGUCCCGACCUUUUGCAUUUGCGCCUGUGGUGUGCACACGGCGCACACAGCGGGCAGUCACACGGCUGCAUCAGACCUUCAGCUGUUUGCACCCCGCAGGUUUUCAGGAACAAACUUCUGCGGCUGUCAGGAGGAGCGGCAGACCGCUUUCCUCCAGGAAUCGAACCACAACCCGCUCAGUUUAUUUAAUUUUAUUCUGAAAAACUUGAUUUUUUUUAUUUAGAGCAUCAUGUUUAAAAAAACGAAUCCGGAAAAAGUUCCUCUAUUGACAGAAACGCGGAGCUCCAACACGCCUGGAAGCACGCCGAACCUGGAGGAGCUGCAGGACAGCGUGGAGCAUUGCCAUGACAACAGCCGAGCGCAGGAGGACCGAGAGACGGAGAAGAAAGUGGCCAAAAGGAGGUUGUAUGUGGUUUCCGUCGUCUGCCUGGUCUUCAUGGUGGCCGAGAUCGUCGGGGGUUACCUGGCCGGAAGCCUGGCGGUGAUGACAGAUGCCGCUCACCUGCUGACGGACUUAACCAGCUUCAUCAUCAGCCUGUUUUCUCUUUGGCUCUCCUCCAAACCGGCGACUCAGAGACUCAGAUCCUGGGAGCGCUGUUGUCGGUGUUCACCAUCUGGCUGGUCACGGGCGUGUUGGUGUAUUUGGCGGUGGAGCGGCUGGUCACGGAUGACUUCACCAUCGAGGGCAGCAUCAUGCUCGUAACCUCUGGGUGUGCGGUGGUGGCCAACAUCAUUAUGGCGGUCACCCUGCACCAAUCGGGCCACGGUCACAGCCACGGCGGGCUGGGCUCACACGGACACGCCCACAAAAGCGAAAAACCCAACAACCAGAAGUCAAACGGCGUCCCCUCUGAGCUCAUAGACAUGGAGCAGCCGGAUCACGGUGGGAGGGUUCAGCAGGCCAACGCAAGUGUGCGAGCAGCGUUCGUGCACGUGAUUGGAGACCUUCUCCAGAGCAUCAGCGUCCUCAUCAGCGCCAUCGUCAUCUUCUUCAGGCCAGAGUAUAAGAUCGCCGACCCCAUCUGCACCUUCUUGUUCUCCAUCCUGGUCUUGUGCACGACCUUCACCAUCAUGAGGGACAUCCUGCUGGUCCUGAUGGAAGGAACGCCGUCGGGGGUGAAGUACAGUGAAGUGAGGGACCGCCUGCUGGCUGUGAAGGGGGUCACGGCGGUCCACAACCUUCACAUCUGGGCUCUGACCAUGAACCAGGCCAUGCUGUCGGCUCAUGUGGCUAUAGAUGACUCCGUGGACGCUCAGACGGUCCUGCGGGAGAUGACACAGGCGUGUUUCUCCUCCUACAACUUCCACUCCGUCACCAUUCAGAUGGAGAGACAAGCCGACCUCAAACCCGGAUGUUCGCUGUGCGAAAACCCCAAGAAAUAGGAAAACCUGCAGGCGGAGGCUGCAGCUCCCGGAGCAUGCUGGGAGUUUCUUCUUUCAGUUUUUAUUAAAGCGGGGCAGUACAUUAAAAACAAAAAAAAUAAGGUGCUUUUUUGAGGAAGAUGUUAAUUGUUUCAGCGUCAAAAUCAUCAAUGUGAGUUUCAAGAAUUUUUAGUUAAAAACUGAGGAGGGAACCUUCUAAACGAACUUCCUGUGGGUGCUAAGACGACUGGAUUCCCUUUGGGACUCAUUCUGUUGUCUUUUUAUUUUGGGCUCUUUUGCUGUUUAUAAAUGUACUUUUUAAUUGGUCAGAUUUUGUGAUAAAUUAGGUGAAUUCUCCUCCAAAAACUGUAGUAUCACUAAAAUGGUUUGGCCUUAAAGUGCCAAAGAUGUUUAGAACCUGCAGGAAGUGAUGCAAACAUGUGAAAAAAAAAUAAAUUAAAUUCUAGUUCAA